UUUUUUUAAUAAUAAUAAUAAUUUAAAAUAUAUUUCCUUCAGUGCACGGACAUCUAAUGACAACAUCAAAAUACGAAGAAUCCAUUAAAGAACUCGUGUCUACUGACGAUGCCAAACGGCUCAAAGCCCUUCGGUUCAUCAAGAACUCUGUCAUCGGCAACAAGACCAAAAAGGAUCUCUACAUUAAACUCGGUGUAGUUGAGAGACUUGUAGAAUACUUAUCAUUGUCAGACCCAGAAGCAUAUGGAUUAAAGAUUCAGGCAGCAACUAUCCUUGGGAGCAUUGCAUAUGGAAAAGAUGAGAAUGCAAUUUCAGUCGUUGCAUUUGGUGCUUUGAAUCCUCUCUUAAAUUCACUUCGAUUACCCCCACAUAACAAUCUCACAGAAGCAAUUCACCAACGUCGUAAAUUAUUGGAAGCCUCUACUCGCGCACUUAAAUCCAUAUUUUCAUCUUCGAAAGUAUCAAAAGAACAAGUAUUUAUGGAUGGUCAUAUUGAAGACAUCGUGGCUCUUUUGGAAGGAACAUCGCCUGUAAUCUUACUUGAAACUCAGAACAAUGUAUCGUCUGAUAGUCUAUCUUUUGCAAUGAUUGCAGAAUUCACAGCUGCGAUUGUAGCAAAAUGCUGUGAUACACCAGAACAACAAAUGGAGCUAGCAUCUGCUGGAGUUUUGAAGCCAUUAAUCAAUUUGCUCUAUUCAAACUGUAUAAAGGCACAAGAGGCAGCAUUGGAUGCCCUGGCUACUUUGUGUAGAGAGAAUACAGAGAUCGGCAAGAUGGUUGUUGGUGGCAGCCUGACCCAAGAUAAACAACAAUCCUGUAUUGAAACUAUUCUGGAAUUUGUAAAAGAAAAAUGCCCAAAGAUGAGAUUGAUUGCAGCCACUUGCUUAACAAACUUGUAUCGAACUGGCGCCUUUUCUGAAUCUACCGAUUCAAUUGUGCUCGUCGUUCUCCCUGCACUCGUGAAGUUAUUGUCAGAGCCAACUGGAGAUGUUCAAGAAAAAGCCCCACUUGUUUUGGCUGAUCUUAUAAAGGAUAGUGAAGAUAUGCAAAAGGCUGCAUUUGAAGCAUAUGCCAUUCCUCGUCUUGUUGAAUUAUUAGCCACUUUGUCCACCAAAGAUUCAAACUCUGCUGAUUUAAUGUUGGGUGUUCCUGGCGUCGGUAGUCUGGCCAAGCGUAAGCAAAAAAUCAGAGAGAAUUGUUUAAUUGCAAUCGCUGCUGCUACACUUGCAAAAGAAGAAUGCAGAACUCAAGCUAUUGAUCAAAAAGUUCUUCCUUAUGUUGUACAGGCUCUCCAGAGUGAAUAUCCCAAUGUACGUUUGGCUGCAUGUCAAUGCGCGAAAUCUCUUUCACGUAGUGUGAGCAACUUGCGAACCAGCCUAGUGGAUGCUGGCAUUGCAGUCCCUCUGAUAAAGUUGUUGAACGAUAGCUCGAUCGUUAUACAGGCUGCUGCUUGUGGUGCAAUCUGUAACCUCGUUCUUGAGUUCUCUCCUAUGCGCAAGAGCGUGAUUGAUGGUGGAGGAAUUGAACAUUUUGUUGAAUUUUCGCGCUCUAGCGACCCCAAGUUGCAACUUAAUGGUGUCUGGGCUCUUAAGAGCUUGUUGUUCAAAUCAGAUCUGCCAGUGAAAAAGGCAGUUAUGAAAGUAUUGACAUACAAUGCCUUGAUUGAUUUGCUUCAUCAGCCCGCACCAGCUAUUCAAGAGCAAGCUCUAGAGAUCGUGCGGAACUUGGUGUGCGGUAAUCAAGAGGCUAUUGAGGAUGUGAUUGAGGGAAUCGGUAAAGACGACUUAUUGGAUGUUAUUGAGAGCAAAUUGGAGGACACGUUUGAUAUGGAUGUCGAUGAUGAAGAUGAUGCAGCUGUGGCCAGAACACUCGAGCCAGCCCUCUUUAUUGUAGUAAAUAUGUCAAGUGGACCAGAGGGUCCCAAGAUGGCCCUCAUGAGUAGACCCAACAUUACCAAUAGUGUGUUCCGUCAUUUAUCACAUGAUAACCCAGCUAUUCGUGCUGCUGCAACCUGGUGUAUGAUAAACUGGACAUGGAAAGAUCGUGAAGGACAACAAGAAGGUUUGAAAGAACGUGUUCGUUAUUUGCGUGAUUUAGGUGCAGAGCAAAAAUUGCGUGUAAUGGAAAGUGAUUCCUGCCGAGACGUUCGUGACAGAGCAAUGACAGCACUUGAGCAACUUAUGGCUGCAAGUUCUUAAAAGCGUCAACAAAACUUAUGAAAAUGUUGUCUCACUUCGACAAAUAUCUUCUUCCCUUCUCAUCCAAGCUCUUAUGUACGUAUCCAUGUAUAUUUACAGCCUCAGCUUACUCGACUCUAUCCAUAUUGUUGUCUGUUUUACAAACAUAUCUCUUACUCUAUUUUCUGUUAAAAAUAAUAACUAUAAUGGAAACCUUCAAAACUUUAUAUAUCCCUUCCCUUAACCUCCUCUUUUAUCUCUUUACAUUCCUCUCUUCCCCUUUCUCCCCUUAAUCAACAAACAACAAAGUCAAGACAAAUAAUAAAAACAAGAGCAGGCGAAUAUUUAG